AUGCCAGCACUACAGCUGAUAUUAUCAUUUGUAGUAGUGAUAAUAAUAGGUGAAGUCGAAGGCCAGUGUGGAUGCACACCAUGUCGUUGUACGCCUUGUGAAGUGUGUCUCCCUUUGCCCCCUCCGUGUCCUCCUCCAGUGAUCUGUCCUCCCAGAAUAUGUCCACCACCACCCCCGUGCCCCCCACCGCCCCCUCCAUUGCCCCCACCACCAUGUCCGCCAAUGCCUAUGCCAGUGCCAGUUUGUAGGCCCCGUCCAAUGAUAGUAGGGAACGAAUGCUGCAACACAUGUGUAAUUCCAUGUGUAUACAGAGCACGACGCAAGCGAUCGUCCAAGAAGUUACUAUUGUUACCAAAUCAUGAUGGCAAUUCUGGUAACGAUAGCAAUCGCGGUGAUGUGAUCAAUGAGAAUGAUGCUAGUAUAACGAAUGAUAUUGUCGAAUCUCGUCGACUGAUUCAAAGAAGAACAUUCCAAAAAAUGCACGAAAAACUGAACGUGUUAUGUGUCAAAGGUGAUUUGUCAUAUUACGCAUACACUGAAUUGUUCUGUCAGACGACCGUAAAGAACGUCACUUGUUAUGCCUUCAAACCGUAUUAG